CGCAGCAUGGAGGAGGCAGCGGCGGGUGAGGGCAAGGCGGGCCACGGCCGGAACGGCCACGCCGAGGGCCCGGCGUCGGAGGAGCGGCGAGGCGGCGGGGCUCGGCUGCGGGGCUGCCGCGGGUUCCUGCGGCGCAACGCGCUGGUGCUGCUGACGGUGUCGGGGGUGGUGGCCGGCGUGGCGCUGGGGGCCGCGGUGCGCGGCGCGGCGCUGGGCCCGGCGCAGGUCGCCUACCUGGCCUUCCCCGGGGAGCUGCUGCUGCGGAUGCUGCGCAUGGUGAUCCUGCCGCUCGUGGUCUGCAGCCUGGUGUCGGGCGCCGCUAGCCUGGACACCCGCUCGCUCGGCCGCCUGGGUGGCAUCGCUCUCGCCUAUUUCCUGGGCACCACGCUGCUCGCCUCCGGCCUCGCCGUCGCCCUCGGCUUCAUCGUCCGCCCCGGCGCCGGCGCCUCCGCUCUCAACACCCAGCUGGGGCUGCCGGGCGCGCUGCCCGGCACGAGCAAGGAGACCGUGGACUCCUUCCUGGACCUCGUCAGAAACCUGUUUCCUGCAAAUCUUGUUGCUGCAGCUUUUGAAACGUAUGCAACAGACUAUAAGAUGCUGCUCAGGAACACCUCUGGAAAUGCCACCUUGGAAAAGAUCCCUGUCGGUACUGAGAUCAAAGGGAUGAACAUCCUGGGACUGGUGAUGUUUGCUCUGGUUUUAGGAGUGGCACUGAAAAAGCUUGGCCCAGAGGGGGAAGAUCUGAUUCGUUUCUUUAACUCAUUCAAUGAGGCAACAAUGGUCUUGGUUACCUGGAUUAUGUGGUAUGUACCUAUUGGCAUUAUGUUCCUUGUUGGGAGCAAGAUUGUUGAAAUGGAAGAUAUUGUGCUUCUGGUCACCAGUCUGGGAAAAUACAUCUUCGCCUCUAUCCUGGGCCACGUCAUCCAUGGAGGAAUCAUUCUGCCACUUAUUUAUUUUGCAGCCACACGGCAAAAUCCGUAUCGUUUCCUCUUAGGACUUAUCACACCACUUGCCACUGCCUUUGCCACUUGCUCCAGCUCAGCCACGCUCCCGUCCAUGAUCAAGUGUAUUGAGGAGAACAACAAAGUCGACAAGAGGAUCAGCAGGUUUAUCCUUCCCAUUGGGGCCACUGUAAACAUGGAUGGAGCUGCUAUUUUCCAGUGCAUGGCAGCUGUGUUUAUUGCUCAGCUGAACAAUGUCGACCUCAACCCUGGGCAGAUCUUCACAAUUCUCGUGACAGCCACGGCGUCCAGCGUGGGAGCAGCUGGGGUCCCUGCCGGAGGCGUCCUCACCAUCGCCAUCAUCCUGGAGGCCAUCGGGCUGCCCACCAACGACCUGUCCCUCAUACUGGCCGUGGACUGGAUUGUGGACCGAACCACCACAGUUGUGAAUGUGGAAGGGGAUGCCCUGGGAGCGGGCAUCCUUAAUUACCUGAAUGAAAAAGACAAGAAAGAGAGAGAGCAAGAGCUAAAGGAAGUCACCGUAGAAGCAGUUGCUAACAGCAAGUCUGAAGCGGAAACGUCACCUUUGGUAACCCACAAAAAUCCAGUCUCCAACACCAGCAGCACAGCAGACCCUGAAUCCAAGGAAUCAGUAUUGUGAACUCGAGGCUGCUCGUUGAGACCAGUCCUAGAGGGGCCCAGGGACUUGUCAACGCACCCAGAUGUUUGCAGUGCGACCAGAGGCUGGGUGGCUCUUGGAAAGUGCUCAGUUCCACUCUGUUUUGAAAUAUGCUGG